AUGGACGGGCCAGUCCGGAUUACCUUUGGCGCCAACGAGAAGCAUACCAUGCAGAAUCUGAAUGAUCGUUUGGCCACCUACCUGGAAAAGGUGCGCUCUCUAGAGGCAGCCAAUAGCAAGUUGGAGCUGCAGAUCAAAGAGUUCUACGAGAUGAGAUCACCAACUCACAAGAAGGACCUCAGUGGGUUCCAUGCCACCAUCACAGACAUCCGCAGCAAGAUCCAAGCCAGGUCUGUGGAGAACUCUCAGAUGAUCCUGCGGGUGGAUAAUGCCAGACUUGCAGCUGAGGACUUCAAGAUGAAGUUAGAGACGGAGGCUAACAUGCGUAUGAAGAUGGAAGGGGAUGUGGCUCGUCAGAGAGGAGUCCUGGACAGCUUUACACUCACCAGAGCAGAACUGGAGAUACAGAUUGAGGGGCUGAAGGAGGAGCUGGUCUACCUCAGGAAGAACAACGGGGAGGAGAUGCAGUUGAUGCGGCCGCAGCAUUGUGGUGCUGUGAAUGUGGAGAUGGACUGUGCUUCCUCAGUGGACAUGAGCAAGGUGCUGGAGGAGAUGAGGACCCAGUAUGAGGGCAUGAUAACGAAGAACCAGAGAGAUGCUGCCAAGUGUUUUGAGAGCAAGGUGGAGGUGCUUCAGAACCAGAUCACCACCAGCACCACAGAGGUGAAGACCUCUCAGUCUCAGGUGACUGACCUGAAGAGGACCUUCCAGAGCCUGGAGAUUGAACUGCAUGGCCUGCUCACACAGAAGGGGUACCUGGAGCAGAGCGUCGUUGAUAUAAAUGGCCGCCACGGCUCCCAGCUGAGCCAGCUGCAGGUUUGUAUCAACAGCAUGGAGGAGGAGCUGCAGCAGCUCAACGUCAGCAUCCAGCAGCAGGCCUCUGAGUACCAGAUCCUCCUGGACAUCAAGAUGAGGCUGGAGAUGGAGAUCGCUGAGUACAGGAGGCUGCUGGAUGGAGAGGGACUCAGUAGGCAUGUGGAGACCAGACAGGAGGUCAGGAAAGUGAUCGUGGUCGAGAGGGUCCAAGAAGUACAACACGUCCAGGAAGUGGUGGAAGCGUAUUACCCCCACAUAAAGAAGUGUGUGAGGGUGAUUGUGGAGGAGGAGGUGGUGUCCACCGUAGUGGAUGAGAAGGUCCAGGAAAUGAACGAACUGAGAGGUCGAGAUAGUUCCAGAAUCUGGUGAAGAGGUAACACUCUUGCCUCUGGACCACAAAUACCCCUGAUGAUGGGGGUUCAAACCAUAUAUAUAUGUAUAUGUAUGUCAUGGUCGCAUACUGUAAUAAUACCCUUUUGACGGGAUUGCAUCAGCUGAAUGAUAACUGAUGUAAUUUACUCAUGUUAC